CCACCUUUCCCUUUCCUUAUAUUCCAAUCCCUCACCAAACUCUCCCACCCUACAUUCACUCCCCAACUUUCUCUACCUUCUCUCCCCCUUGUCUUCCGAGCUAAAUCAUCGUCACCGCCGCCGCGGCCUUCCCCAUUUAGGCGACGAGACGGAUCACCAUGGGGCGUGGUCUCUUCGCCUGCUUUGGAAAAGGCCACUCCUCUUCUUCCCCCGCCUCGCGUGAGAAACGCACGUCAGCCGUAGCCUCUACCGCUGACGUGUCGGCCGAGGAGCAGAGGAAGAGCGGGCCGGUGUUAGUGGAGCUGUUCUCGUCGCAGGGCUGCGCCACAUCGCCGGUGGCGGAGCUGCUCUGUUCGAGGCUUGGGAGAGGGGAUUUCAACGGGAGUGACGUGCCUCCGGUGGUGGUGCUCGCGUACCACGUCGAUUACUGGGACUACAUGGGGUGGAAGGACCCCUAUGGUUCGAGCCAGUGGACGGUUCGGCAAAAGAAUUACAUUGAGGCCUUGAGGCUGGACACCAUGUUCACGCCUCAGGUGGUGGUUCAGGGUUCGGUUCAUUGUGUUGGCAACGAUGAAAACGAUUUGCUAACCUGCAUCAAACAGGCACCUAGAUACGCUGGUCCCACGUUCCAGGCAACUUUCGAAAGAUCGGCUUCUUCGGACUCGUUGCAAGUGUCUCUAACAGGAGCUUUAAGGACAAAGGUGGAUGGCAAUGGCGUCAAUGUGAUGGUGGCGCUCUAUGAAAGUGGGUUAGUCACUGACUGUCCCUCGGGAGAGAACAAGGGACGCGUUCUGUCCAACGACUAUGUUGUAAGAAGACUCGAAAAGCUUUGCACAGUUAAGGACAUCACAGCCAAGAAGACCAUUUCAGGGACUGUUACCUUCCCAUUAUGGGAAAGUUUCAAUGCCACAAAAUGUGGGAUGGUCGUCUUCAUUCAGAGCAGCUCGCAUCAAAUCUUUAGUUCGCAGAAGUUUCAGCUGCCGGAGAAUUGAGAAGAAGUGACAGAGAUUGAAAUGAUAGUCGAUCUUUUCUGUGCUCUUGUGCUCAGGCAAGUAGGCAGCCGGCCGAGAUCUCUGGCCAUUAUGUACAGGAAGUGUUGAUAGUAGGGUACCGGUUUGUUUUCCUUUAUAAUCGUUAGAAUAUGGGAGAGAGAUUUGCAUUCGUGAUGUAUACAUUCUUUUCAGAUUCCAAGUUUGUGUUUGAAUCAAUAUUUCUUUGUUCCAGUAUUUGAGAGAUGAAGAUGCACUAUGUUCCAUUUGGUUCUCGCUUCAAUUGCUUUGCUUGACUACCGUGCCUAAUUGGUAUGCCCUGUGA